GGGAAGUACUAUAGUAGAGCUGGACGAGCACAGAGAGGGACAACAUCUGUCUGUCGACACACUUAUUAUAGGCUAUUAGAUAUUUUGGAUAAACUGUUUUGUUUUUUUUAAAUAUAUUAUUAUUUUUUUCCUGCUGAAGAGUGGACAUGGAAGCAUUGCGAUUCGUUUUUCUCCUGGUUUGUGCCUGCUCUGUUUCUCAAGCUGAUGGACGCAAAACAUUCGCUGACAUGUUCUCCCACAAGCAUGCAAAAGUAAGGAAGUUUCCAUUUCCAAUUCCACCAAUCCCUGGCUGGAGUCCUGACUCCAACCCUUGGGAUGAUUACCUCUACCCUCCACUGACCCCAAAGACAAACGAGCUCACGCACCACAAAGGUAAACCCACAGUUCAUCUAACCAGCGACAGUCCUGCUCUCAACGGCUCUCACCUCUCCUUCACCGCCAUGCUGAAGUACCCACCGUGCCAGAAGGAAGACGCCAAUGGGAACAUUGUUUGGGAUGAGCACUGCGAGGACGGUACGGAGCUCGAGGCCUCAGCCAAUGGACAGGUGCGUUCUGGCUACGUGUACAACUGGACUUCCUGGUUGGAUGACUACGGCUUUGCAAAGUGUACAGACAAGACGAAAUGCAAUGUGUUCCCCGAUGGGAAGCCCUUCCCUCAGAGCAACGACUGGAAACGCAAGAGCUAUGUCUACGUGUGGCGCACAAUGGACCAGUACUACGAGACAUGGGACGGCUCCUCUUCCAGUAUAACCAUCAACACCACCGCCUUCGCUCUGGGGUCAGAGGUCAUGGAGGUCAUGGUCUACAGGAUAAGUGACCGCAGGAAGUACAGCCCCCUCACCACUGACUUCACCAUCUUCUUCGUCACAGAUAAGAUCCCGUUGGCAGUUUACAUCUUCCAGAAGGCUGCGCUCAACGAGUCUGAGAAUGUUUUCUUUCGUGGUGAGGAUGUGGAUUUCAAAGUCAUGCUCCACGACCCCAGCAGCUACCUCAAAACCGCAGCCGCCAUCGACUACAUCUGGGACUUCCGAGAUGGCAACCAGCUGGUGACACACCGCGACAUGACCACACACGCCUACAAGAUGGUGGGGAACAUCACUGUGAAGCUGGUGGUGGAGGCGGCGUUCCCCAUAGAGUGUCCGCCCACCUCUGCCCCCGCAACUCAGGGGAGCUCCACGAAACCACCUCCCACAGAGUCCACACCUUUACCCGGUACUCAUGCUGGGACUGUCAAGAUGGAGAGCACGCACGUGCCACCCACCGCAAGCCAGCCCCUCCCCUCCUUCUCUACCACAACCAUGAUACCAGGCGCGCCCACCACGGAGCCCCUCCCCUCUAUUGCUCCCAAUACGACCCCAGAUUCCACCGCCCUGGCCAAUCUCCGCACCAGGCGCCUCAACACUAAGGGGUGCUACCACUACGUCUAUGGAACCUUCACGGCCAACAUCAGCAUUAUUGAGCCCAAGCACAAAUUGAACAGCCGGCUAAGGAGUCACAUUGUGGGCGUGUCGGCUGACAGAGUGACCAACACUGACAUCAGCUUCCUGGUGAAAUGUAUUGGCAACAUCCCCACGUCAGCCUGCACCAUCGUGUCAGACCACACCUGUACUCAGGUGAGUAGCAUCAUGUGCGAUGACGUGCCUCCGUCGGCGGUGUGUGAAGUGCAUCUCAUGCGAACGUUUCCGGUGCCUGGCACCUACUGCGUCAACAUCACCCUGGAGGACUCCAAGAGCCUGACCGUGACCACCACCACCGUCACCAUCAACAAGUCCCAGGAUGCACCUGUGCCCAAGACCUCACAUACUGCAGGUGUGGUGCUCUCCUCCACUGCUGUGCUGGUGUCUGCCUUUGCAUUCAUUGCCUAUCUGGCCUGCAAACGUUACAAGGUGUACCGUCCCAUUCGUAGGUCACUGGUGGAGGACGCCCGCGGCCCCGCUGGGGUCGGAGGUCGCAUGGUCCGUUUGAAGGAGGCGCUCUUCCCCUCCAACGAGGAGAACCAUCACCUGCUGACUGAGAGACGCCCCCUGCAGGCUUGAUAAAGCUGCACCAAAGCAGUCCUGCCCUCCUCAAUGGCAAAAAUACUGAAGAAAAAUCACCGUUCACAUAUGCAAAUGUAAGCACGUUAAAUCAUUAAAAGGUCUAGAUAACAGGAAUACAUUCAUAUCUGUAGAAAAAUAUGAGUAAAUAAUACUGAUGUCUGUGUCUUAAUUUAGUUGUUAAAGUGUUGGCUACAGCAGUAUGAAGGCAGUAUAUGAUUUGAUUUACUAAAGAGGCUGUUAAAUGUCUGCGUUUGUGCCAAUUUCGUGUCAAAUGCUGCUUCACAGUACUGUGCCUUACACCGUCAUAAUAAUCAGUAUGAAAUCCUUGAGAUGGUUCUCCAAUAUAUUACAUAUACGAGUGACACUGCAUGCUCUUCCUCGGUCGAGUGAAUUGAAAUUAGAGUUUUAAACUGCAAGAUACAAAAACUAAUUCAAGAAAAAAUGUGACCUGAGGACUAAUAAAGGUUGUGAACUAACCACUAA